AUGAGGAACCAACAAGUGUCUAACCCACCUAGCCCGGAAUCUGACCUUGAAGAACAAGUUCUAAAAGAGGAGGAGGAUCCCACGGCACAAGUGGGUGGAGAAGUUCAAGGCAUGGCCAUGGACAAACGUACACUAAAGGAGCUUUCCGCCUCGGGAUUGGAUAAUGCCGCACCCUUGUGUAUCGAAUAUCCCACGGCUGCUCAAGCCAAGGAUUGGUUAUACGAGUUAGCUCCCAGAACAGUUACGUCUUGGGAAAGUAUGAAGAAAGCAUUUUUGGAGAAGUUCUUCCCAACUUCUCGAAUCAUCCUUCUUCGUAAAAAGAUAAAUGGUAUUCAGCAAGAGGAAGAAAAUAAGUGUGGGGGAAGGUCGUUCGUUGCAAAUCUAGUGAGUUGUACAUCUUAUGUGCCAAAGAAUGAGGAAGCCAUACAAUCAGUCUACGGGGGCGAUUGAGUGGUUCUCCAAUCCUACCCUCCCCAUCUCCACCUCCAUAUCAAACCUCGCACCGCCUAUUUUGUGGAAGUUGUUAUGGGAAUUCGAGCAGAUUCUCAGUAUCCGAAUGAACUGCCAUAUAUUGAUCUUAUAGAUUCAAAGGGUCUUCAUUUUCAAAGGCAAAAACAUCUAACAAAUUCGAUAAGGAACAGAGCACGGGAACUCUCGUCUUGUUUAAUGCUUGUGUUAAUUUGUGAGGAAGCAGUGGAAAAGCUCUCUGUUAUCCCUGAUGGAGACUGUCCAUUGUGUUUGUAUCCUUUGGUCCCAGAAGAUGAGCAGAAAAAUGCUUUGCCAUUUAUGAAGUUGAUGUCUUGUUUCCAUUGCUUCCACAGUGAGUGCAUUACUAGGUGGUGGAGUUGGGUUCAAAAAGAAGAAAAAUGAAAUACUAGUGAUUCAUCAAGUGCACAUCUGCGUCAAGACUUGAGAAACCAUAAAGGUAUACUUGAGUCACAGUUGUUUGGUACUUCGGAAGAAAGUAUGGGAAACUGCCCCGUCUGCCGUAAAGUUUUUCAUACUCAGGACUUCGAGUACAACGUGAAUGUCCCAAGGCAAAUAUUUGAGGCCCGAUUGAAGUUACAGCAAGAAAACAGUGGUUUAAUCGAACCUAAAAAAGAUCUUGUCGUGUUGCCUGGUAUGGUGCUUCCAGUCUCACCAUCAGUCUCCGUGGCCGACAAUGAAUCUACUGAACAGCAACAAAGAGAGCCCCCCUCACCUCAGAAAUGCAUUCUGGUGGUUCCUCGGGUAGGCUGAAUACCCAUGAGCAGAGGAGUUCACGCUCAAAGAAGCCGAGAGUACGUAAUUCACGACGACCUAUCGAACAGUGGAUACAGAGAGAAUGAAAGGGCAGAGUGAGCACUUGAUAUGACUCUUGAGGGAGUUUUCUGUUUCCCUGAAGUAUUCAUAUGUUAGCCAAGGAUGACCAAAUUGUAAAAGAAAAGGAAGAAAUAAAGAAAGAAAAACAGAGGGAGAGACAAAAUAAAAUCGAAAUACCUGGCUGUUCUCUAUGUACGUUAAUCGUCAUUUUUAUCGUCUCUGUACGGAAAUGCUGAGUUUUUGUGUGUAAGUUCACUCAAAUUUGGGUGUGAAAUUUCAAGGUAUAAAAGUACAGUUUCUCUCCCUGUGAGAGCUUUUCUCUCCUAUGUGAGAGGCUUUUUUACCGCCGUAUGAGAGCUUUUCGGAUUGGGUACCACCUCUACUUAUUGCAUUUUGUCGCUAAUCUUUGGGAGGGUGUGUAAGCUUUAGCUCGGGUAUCCGCACCACCACCCUUGUUCACCCUUGUUGGUCACUCCUGUUGCUCACCCUUGUCAGCGAUGUUAUUUGUGGGUUCUUUCUACCGCAUGCCUUUUCAAUCUCAUGGCUGCUAUCCCGGUGUUGGUCUUUGGAGGAUGAUGUGACCAAUGUCCUCACCAAUUAUGGGUUAUCUUAUGGUCUGAUCUUAGGUGAUCGUGGAGGGUGGUUGAUCAUGACGAUUGUGAUGUGGUUCUCUGGUGGCAGCGACGGCAACGGCGACAUUGACGUCGUAUGCAGCUCCAGGAAGCCUAGCUAUCUAGGGUUUUUUCUGUGCUUUGUUUGUAUGUGUUGAUCUCCAAGGUUGGUAUUGGGCCUUUGUAUUUUGUGUGUUGUGGCCCUUUUUAUUUUGAUGUGAUUAUUUGG